AGCGGUGGAAAGUCUGAAACAACCACCAGUUUCGCAUUCGUCUCACAACAGAACGACACAGAAGCAGCAAUAAACUGGUGAUGUGUCUGCUGUUGUCACUUGCUGGAUGCUGGAGGGACAACUGACAGUGAAAAGCAUGUUGAUGGUGUUUUCGGUAUUGCGUAAAUACGCACUGGUUCACAACAGGAGCGACAGUGCUGCUUUUGUCCUCUGCUGAUAACACGCGGUGUCCAAACAUUUCCGCGGGGCUGCUCCAGCGAAAGCCGACUCACCGUUGACACUGUCCACCCACCGAACAGGAAGGUUGGGCUUCGCCUAGGGACCAUCAUCCUCCGCAGCGCUAUCAGGAAGCUGUGAAGCACAGUUCAGAGGACACUGUGCCUGACAGCGAGUCAUAGAAGGAGGACUUCUUGUUUAAUUAGAGAGAGAAAAUCUUAGAAAGCACGGAAGUCUUGCAGUCAUUGCGCUCCUCUAGAGUCUUCAUUUAAAGAUUUUGAUUAAUUUAUUAUAGGAUUUUUUUUUUUCCUGCUGUGGGCUCUAUCACUAGGGUGCAAAUAGAACUACAGAGCUACAGCCAGGUGGGACUGGUUGCCCUGAAUAAUUGCCUUUUGUUUGAAAAAACUUUUCUGCCAUAAAGGCUUUCCCUUGGAUUAUCAGCACAGAAGUGAAGGUCAGAACUCUGCAGCGUUUGCUCUCCUGGUCUUUGAUUCCGUGCCAUCUCUGCUCAGUCUUGAUACUUUUUUCAGUUCCUUUUGACUUUGAGGUUUUUGUGGGAUUACGUAUUGAGCAUUGGGUACACCCUUUUUUUUAAACAUCUUUUUCUCCCUAGGAAUAUAAUCAAGUCAAAACUAAACAAAAUAACCUACUGACCAGAUGUAGUGAGGGGGAAAAGAAGGCUGGAGAAAAAGGAAUAGAGGGGAUUUCAAGGACAGAUGGCCUCACUGCUCAACAACACCUACAGCUGGAUGAAUAAAACAUUUGAAGUCAUGACAUCUGGCUGAGAAGCGAGUUCAACACUCCUCUCAUUCCCUCUUUUUUCCUGAAUCUGUUCAUUCUUUCACUCAAUAGCAUUUCCUUCCUCUUUAUCCUCACAUACUCCCCAUUCAUUCAAUACAUCUUUCACCUUUUCUUGUUGUUUUCUCCUCUGUGGACACAGGGAUUCAGUCACUCACUCACUCAGACAGAAACAAGCCUCUGCCUGUACUUGUUUCUUCUGCUGUCACUCAAUUGUAUUCCACCUUUGCAUGCACCCUUUCCUCUAUCCUCCCCCCUCCUGCUCCUUCUCUUCUUUCUCCCUCCCGGAGUGGUGUGUGAUGGUGCGUCCCCUCCUCUCAUUCGUGGAGACAUGCCUGUGCAGGAGAUGGCGGUGAGUCCUGUCAAGUCCCUGUACUGGGAGCAGUUCCCCCCCAUGUCGCAGCGCCGUGUCUACUGCACUCCAGUUUACCACGAAGGCCUGCUGUACGUGCUGGGUGGCUGCAGCGAGACCGGCAUGCCCCUGGACAGUGUUGAGGUCCUGGAUGUAGAGAGCCAGACAUGGAGCCAGCUGCCCCCGCUGCCCACUGCGCGGGCGGGGGCCUCAGCUGUAGCACUGGGAGGCCAGGUGAUGGUGCUCGGGGGCAUGAAUCAACAGCAGACUCCGCUGGCAUCUGUGGAGAUGUACCACCCUGAUGAGGGCAAGUGGGAGACAAAGGCCAGCCUGGGUCAGCCAUCCAUGGGUGUCACCACUGUGGAGAAAGAUGGGAAGGUGUAUGCGUUUGGUGGUAUGGGAGCAGACACCACGCCACAGGCCCUGGUGAGGGUUUAUGAGGCAGAGAAGGAUCAAUGGCAGUCGAUGACCUCUAUGCCCACACCGCGGUAUGGAGCCACGCCCUUCAUGAGAGGAAACAAACUUUACUUGAUGGCUGGUCGUCAGGGAAAGAUGCCGGUGACGGCGCUGGAGGCUUUUGACCUGGAGAUGAAGAGCUGGACACGCUACCCAUGUAUCCCGAGCCGGAGGGCCUUUUCCUGCUGUGCCAUGAAUGACCGAAGCCUCUUCAGCUUGGGGGGUCUCCAGCAACCAGGGCCACAUAAUUUCUACUCCAGACCUCACUUUGUCAGCACCAUGGAGGAGUACGAUCUUGAUCAAGGUAUCUGGAUCAAACCCAGCAGAACAUCCCGAAUGAGGGAGAAGAGGGCUGACUUUGUAGCAGGAUGCCUGGGAGGAAGGGUCAUUGCAGCUGGAGGUCUAGGAAAUGAACCAUGGCCGUUGGGCUCAGUGGAGAGCUACAACCCAGUGAAGCGGCGCUGGGAGUAUGUGGUGUCUAUGCCCACCGCACGCUGCUCCUCUGCCCUCCUGCAGACAAACAACGUGCUCUUUGUCAUUGGUGGAGUCGCCCAGGGACCCAGUAAUGCUGUGGAAGCCCUCUGCAUACAGGAAACAGUGUGACACAUGCACAGACACUAACUCGCACUGGAAUAAAUGCAAAGUGGCAUUGAUGUUUUAUUCAUGUGUGUGCAUAAACACAGACCAAAACACAUGAAGUAGAUCCACAGAUCACACAGAUACUCUUCUGUCUUUAUGUCCAAAUGAUGGAGUCUUCUUGUACACCGGGAAAUAAGCAGCUCUUUUUCUCAUUCAAUGAGCAUUUUCGAAUGGGAGCUGCAGAGACAGUUUGUGACGGAGCUGGAUGAAUACAAAAUUAAGGACGUUCAAGUUGGCUGAUGUGACUGGCAAGGACGAAAAACAGAGCUUUUCUACUCCAGGGAAAUCAGUGGAAGACAAAAAAAAAGAAAGAACAUGAGCAAAAAAACAGACACACAUACCAUGUCUGAAGAAACAACACGCCUUUGAACUGUUGAGCAUUUUUUUUGAAUAAAAGCAGGGUACUUUUCUGGAUAUUAAAGGAACCUAGGGCCAUAUGUGUAUCUCUCUUUACAGAAGCACCACUCUCUGCUGCGGCGACACCAAGCUCGGACACUUUUCUACGACCUUAGAAACAACGAGUUUUAGACUGUGAUGUUCUGGGAUUGUGAUUGUUUUGGUUCUACUCUUUUUUUGUUGCUGUGUUGUAUAUGUGUGAAAGCUAGCACUGCUAGCAGCCACUACCACAACAGUGGCCCUUAAAGAGCUGGUAUUAUGGCCCUUUUUGACACAUUUUUAUAAAUACAGAGUGAAUUUUAAACAAAUCUGUGACACUUUAUUCACUCAAAGUUGUUUAGAUGUAUCUAAAUCCAUCUGCACAAACAGCCCAGAGUAUGUCCUGUAGCACAGUGCUUCAGGAGUUUUUAACAUAAAAUGUACAUUAUUCAUGAUCGCCUACUCUGAUUGGCUAGAAUGAUUGUUCAGCCCCAGCAAAUCAGAGUAGGACCAAAUGAAUAAUGCCCUUUGGCCAAUCUUUAACUUAAAUAAUGGCUGCAGCUGAAAACACAAGAUAGUAUAUGAACCAGAGUCUGAUCCUGAAUGGGAAGGUGAGGCGCCUGCUGUUGCAGACUGGAGACUUCAACUGGAUUUUUCAGAAUGAUAGUAUCCUGUUUAAAUUUCCUAACAAAGUAGUUUUUUCACAUGUAGCUGGAGGCAGCUAGCUUAGCUUUAGUACAGCUAUUUUAGCCAAGUAACACUCCUGACAUUCUCAGCAUAGUGCUUUGCAGAGGGUGGAUUUACCCUUGUGUGUCUGGGAGUGACAUCACCACAGGCACGUUUGCAACACCACUCACUCUUGAGGCGGGAGAUUCAAAAUUUUGAAUAAAUUUAGAAAGCACUGAGAAAGAGUUUUGUAAUUUCACAACAGAGGAUGACCUCUGCCAUCACUGUAAUCCAUCUCAAAGCACAUUUUUUUCUUGUUUUCUGUCAUACCAGCUCUUUAACUUUCAUUCACAAUACAAGCAGCUGAAGCUGCUAGUCAGAAGUCCAUACAUCUUUUAUAACCAGUGAAACAUCAGCUGAUUAUGACCACAGUCACUGUUUCCUUUGCUUGUAGAGGAAGAAAAGCUGACUGUGGUCGAACCUGUCUGCGUCAUGCUUUGCUACACAUCUGUCCACCUCUGCUACAACAUCAGCACCACAGUAAUCAGUCACUAAGCUCAAAUGGUCCUUCACACUGUAGCACGGGAUGCUUGUAGAUUGGGACUCAUACCUACUGCACUGAAGCAUCCAGACAGAUAAAUAAUAUUCUGAACAUCAGAUUCCUGAUGUAUUCUCCUUGAGUUGUGUGAUUGCAGUAAACUGUAUUCUGUACCUCUCCCUGACAUCAGCCAGAGGAUGGAUAAAAGGGGAAGAGCAGGUGAUGAUACCUGGGCAACAUUUUGGAGCAAUAGAGGAAUACAGUAUACAGAACAGGAUGAAAUCAUACAGUACAUAAAGAUUAGAGUUUCAUUUUUAUGAUUAUGGUUACACCAAUUCAGUGUUUUUCCAGGAAUGUGAUUUUAGGCACAAAAUUUAAAUGAAAAAACCCGUUUUGGUUUAACCCAAAGGUUUUAAAACUGUGAGGCUGACCUCCUCUGAGAGGGGCUGGGAGAGCUGAGGGGGAUGCACAGAGAGAGAAACAUCAGGCAAAGACAAUACAUGAGGUAAAAGGCACUAGGGGUGGGAUGAAUCCCAAAACUCAGUUUUGACCAUAUCAUGGAUGAUAUGGUCAAAAUGAUCAGAUCAUUUUUUGGACGAGCAACAUACAAAAAAACCGUUCACUUUCCAUUUAUUAUUCUAAGACUUAAAGUGAGUGCUUAAACCAAGGAACUUCUGAAUAUGGUAUGAACUGAAAACAAUCAAGAUCCACAAUGUUUAAAUAAAAUGUUAAAAUAAACCCUAACCCUACAUAUCGUUACAGUUUUCUCCACUACCUUUCUUUCGUCGUCAUAUUUUACAGGAAAGCCGCAAUGCUCCCAUACAUGAAACUUAAUCAUGCAGCGGGCUUUUCAAGUUCUUCUACUCCUCCACUAGCCAUGGUUCUCGCUGCCAACUUCUUUAAAACACACCCCAUUCACAUGAACACAACUCCAUUACCUCUGUGGGUGUGUUCCAAAACCUGACCGACACAGUGCAGUUUGUGCCAGAUGGGUGUGGUCACUGUUCAUUUUAACUACACUACGUGACAAGUGGCAUGUCGGCACCGCCAAAUCUAAUCCACCCUCUCUUUCCACUACAACUCUGUAUUGUUGCAUUGAGAUUUGGGGAUUUACUGCUUUACAAGAGAACGGUAACAAUUUCACACUGUAAUGAGUAAACAGUGUAAUAAUCCGUGGUUUAUAUGCAUAGUGAACCAUGUGGGGUGGGCCGUUCGGAUCACAGAUCAACCAUGAUCUGCUACCACCCCUCCACAACUUGUGGAGGCAGUUUACUGUAGGUGACACUGAGCAUCCAGUUGCAGCAAUAGGUUUCAAAACUCAUACUCUUCAGUCAUAACUCAGUCAAAUCAAGGUAGAAAAACUACUUAAUCUCUUUUGAAUAUACAGUAAAAUAGUUGCUACCUAUAGAAUGCAAAGCCAAUAAUUUGCUUCUUUAUAUAACAUAUAAAUGAUAUCAAACUUCUUAUCUUGUCCUGCAGUAUAAUCUACUACUGUUCCUGAAUAAGAUACAUCAGACAGAGCUUACAAAGUACUUAGCUAGCAAUGUCAAACAAAUUAGUUGAAAAAUCAGUUUACAAAUUACAUCUAUAUGACUCACUGCAAAAGUUAUUGUGCUACUUUACCAACUACUCAGCUGCACAAAUAAUUGGUUGCAUUACUUAUUUAACUUUUGUUCCUUAGUAAUCCUUGAUUAAAGGUGCCUUUAAACAUCUCAAAGGCCUCCACACCAAUGUCACAUCUUUUGUAUUUCAACAUGUAAACAAUGAAAAUGAAACAUGGUUUAGCAGCCAGCUAUGGUCUGGAGGCACUACCUGAAAAUCAGCACUUAGUUUAGCCUGACAAAUCCUGUACUCAUAGUGAAGCAGGAGUGUUCAUACUCCCACCAAUAGCGAACAAUUUAGGUAAUUCCUGAAUGUUGGUUUGACACAAUUUAACAUUUGCCACUGUGAUCACUGUGAAACUGCUGACUACAGCUUUUACAACUAUUCAGAAGUGAUGCUGUGAGUGACUAUUUUAUACUCAAAAGACAGACAUUUGGUCGAGUGUUUGCUUAGGCUGAGAGGAGCCUUUGUGCACAAGAGUUAGGGGUGAAAGAUGAUGGAUGGAGCUGCUGAGCAAAAUGUUUUGUGACAAAUUCAUUGACCUGUGGACUGCAAUGUGUUCCUGCAUGGCAUGUGGCCUCUGUUGGUCUUAUUUAUCCUGCUAUAUUGUUGGACUUAUUGAAUAUACAGUUGACGAUCUAGUGAUCAGCUUCACCAUUUAGAAUUAAUGUACUGUAACUAAUGAGUCAACUGUAGUUGCAGAAGGCACUCAAGAAUUAUGGCAGUUAUGAUUGCUGGUGCAUGAGGGAAAAGCAUGCUAACCAUCAUGUCUCCAUCCAUUCAUCCAUUAUCUAUACUCUAUAGAGGGCUGCGAGGGGGCUGGAGCCAAUCCCAGCAGACACUGGGCAAGAGGCGGGGCUUGGACAGGUUGCCAGUCUAUCACAGACAACUACAUACUCACCUAUGGACAAUUUAAGAGUUGCCCACUAACCCAACCUACAUGUCUCUGGACAGUGGCACCCGACGAAAAACUAUGCAGGUACAAGGAAACAUGCUAACUCCACACAGAAAAUUUAGCUGCGAGACUUGAGCCCAGGACCUUCGUGCUGCAAGCCAAUGCCACAGUGCCACCCUAACAGUAACUUUAUCUUAAAAAAAAAGACAUUCAUAUAUAGAGAGAAGGAAGAAGACUGGAGAGAAAUAAGAAAUACAGAUAACGAAGAGAGAGCUAUCACUGGCCACCAAAAUAAGCAUUGUUUCUUUCAUACUUGCAUCCUCUUGCCUCACAUCAUAUAUUUUUUUGGUCAGCACCCUAGCAGGUCUUGUUAACAUAGUCAGACAUCUAUUUCUGUGAGAGAGCACUGAUGCUGUAGGAGCUCAGAUGAGAUUCCAGUUGACAAUUGACUAUUUCUGUUCACUAUGUUGUGUGCAGCCUAAUUAAGUGUGUUAGAUGCAAGCCACAUGCUCAUCACAUUAGUACAAGUGCAACACAUACACACACACACACCAUGCUCCUUUUAUGCAAAGCCAAGCAUGGAACUGUAAGCCUGAAUGUAUUGUUUGCUUGCAACCAUGCUCACUAAUUCACUCAGCCAUGCACUCAGUCGCUACACACACACACACACACAGUUCCACCUGGCACUAACCACAAAAGCUUGGAGAGAAUACAGAAAUCAAUCUUUCAGUAAAGAGCUCUGCUGGUAGGGGACUAUGGCCCUCUCCUCCUUCUAACACUAAUUAACCUACUUGAAUCCACUGCGUGUGUGUGUGUGUGUGUGUGUGUGUGUGUGUGUGUGUGUGUGAGAGAGAGAGAGAAAGAGAGAGUGUUGUGAAUGUAUUUGUAGUGAAUAAGGAAUGUAACUUGCCCACAUACACUCAAGAAGUAGGCUAAAUCAUCAUGCUUUAAAAGUGUAGCAUAAAGUCAUAACUGGCUUCAUUUGCAGUUUACAUACAGUAUGCAUCUUGCAUGCAGGGCUGCAGUACCACUGUCAGCCACAAAGGAGAAUAGACAGACCCACACUGGAUCAAAUUCCUUUCACCCGAGAGGAUCUAAUGAAACUCAGACUGACACCAUAAGCCGAUACUAACCGCUCACUGCCCCUCCCAUCGCAUCCUGUUUCCUAGCAACAACGUAAACUACAGAUGUCUGGUUGCAACAAUCUUUGCAAAAUGCAGCCUCCAGUCUAAAGCUAGCAUUAGCUGACAAAGGAGUAAAUUUGUCAAUCCAAUAGGAUGCUGUGGUUACUGCUAAUGUGACACAAAACUUGAAUUACUCCCAAAUUAAAAUCAUAAUUGAGUGACAUAUAGGCCAACCCAGGACAAAAAGCCAGUGGAAUUUUUCCAUAGACUUUUAGAUUUUUGCAGAAAAUGUGCUCUGUGACCAAUAUCAGCACCAUAUUGCUUGUGUUGUCAUAUGUGCAUGCUGUGGCUUUAACUGUAGGUCCCCAAUGUUCUGCAUGGGUGGAAGGCACAUUUGCCAGGUUUUCAGCAGUAUGACACUCCGGCAUCGCUUUAGUCUGAAGAACAACACUGUGUAUUUUCCAGUUGCUUAUGUAAUGGCAGGUGACUGUGGUCCUUAUUUUAACAACACAGAGCCUAGAAACUGGAUUAACUAUAGGCAGCAGAAUGUCAUGGAGGGGGGUAGUAUAGCUGAGAGACACCACGUCCCGUCCCAUUUUCACUUAAAUUGUCACACGAUGUCUAGUUAUAGUUACUGAACCUUAGAAAGACAAAUAAUUGUUUUGCACUUAAGGGCGGCUGAACAAGCAGUAUUAUCUUCUAAAGCUGAUAUGGCCAGCAUGUUAGUAAACCACUGAUACAAAGCACUAUUAGCAUUCAUUUGGAGCUGUAUUUCUGGCAACCUGACAAAUUAAGGCCAACUUUCAAUUUCCUUGUUGCUCUGUAAUGUCUCCAUCAAGUCCUGCCUGCUGUGAAGAUACUCAACCACAAUAAUAAAGCUGUGGUUUUGUUACUGCAAGCAACCCCUCUCACAUUACACACAGUUAUUCCAUUAGUAAUAUACAUAUUUAUGGCUUGUGUAGAUUUAAAGAUACAUUCAUCUUUUCUUUUUUUCAUUCAUGCACUCACUCCUUUUUGUCUUUUGGGGUCAGAAGAACUUUAAAGGGAUUGAAAAUACUGUAUUUGACAGUGUUAGCAAAUAGUUUCCCAUUUACCAUUCAGCAGGUAGAGAAACUAGCAUUUAUUUGGAGUCGUUUCUUUCCAGUAAAUGUAUUAUAUUUCUGUCUCUUUCUAUCUCAGUUCUAAUGUCCACCAGCCUAAUAAUGAAAUGUGUUGUUAGCUUGAUAGAUGUGUGACCACCUAGCUACCAGCUACGGCUGGAAAUGCAGUUGAUGUAAACAGAAAUUCCAGGCUGCAGAACCACAACAUUGAGUUACAAGAGGCUAAAAGGCUGCAGGUUUGUGUUUUAAUCCCCUGUGCGAACACUUUCACACAACUCAUAUUUAUCUGAUGUAUCAUUAAUAGAAAUACAGUUCAUCAGUGCAGCGUCAACACAUCCAUGAUUCCCUGUGUGUGCCUCUGCUUAUCGCUGUAUAUUCAUGGUAACGUGCAGCUGAGUACUUCUGACUGCAUCUCGAUGCCCACGAGCACAACUCUUAUAUUUGUCAGUGGAUGCAUGUGCUUGGGCAGUUUUCUGACAGCAAGACACACUCACCAUCUAUUAUAGUGUGACCUGUCUGAAUGAUCUACAGUACACUGUCUCCUUUGCAUGCUUUCUGUUUCUGCAGCUCUUCACAACAGUUUACAUGCCACACUACAGUCCCCAAGCAAUUCUGGGACUUUGCCCAUGCUCUCUUUUGGUUGUCAGGUUUUUUAAGCUUUCUCACUCCUUCUCUGGCACUGUCAAUGUCAGACUGUUGUUAAGAUGCCUCAUAAAUCUAGACUGUCUUCAACAGAAAAGAUGCCUCAUGAAUCUGUUUUUCUGGCUCCUGAUAUGACAUUCGUGUCAGGCUGGUAACUCGCUGGAGUGAAAUGACUGCGCAGAACAAAAAAGCAGGAUGCUUCAGUACAGGUAGCAGCUAAUUACAUGCUGUACUUUUAUAGCAGGCCCUGGAGGGAUGAUGCACAAGCAUACAGUAUGUAAAUUUGUUUUUACACCACCAUGGAGAAUAUGCUACAUUCCGAUUGUAUGUAGACGUGAGAUCAGCUGAUAGUUUUACCUGUGAUGACAUCUCACUCUGUUGGGGUUGUUGGAACUACAGAGAAAUGCUCAGUUCACUCUAAUUAUUCAGUGGUGGUACAGAGUGAUGCCUCUUUAUCUCAUAAACGGUCUUCGGCUAACAGCAGUACACCAGCUGCACGGAGGUCACAAACCCAACAACUCAAUGUUUGGUUCAGUUCAGUUUCAUUUUGUCCUGUCAUCAACUGAAAUCAGGGAGUUAAGGUUACUUAGCGGCAGCUGGUACGACCCUGCUGGUUGUCAUUUUAACCAUAAAUAGCAACGAUCAGCAGAAGCUGCCACCCGAAUGAUUUCCACAUUGAGCUUUGCUAACAAGGCUGUGGGUGUCACUGGCACUGCUGUGCAAGUGCGGCGGUGGGGUAAGCUCACCAUCGUGAUGCCUGUCAGCCAUCAACGACAAACACUGGCAUCGUUUCAUUGCCCAUCUCUAAUGAACAUAUUUCUCGUGAGAAGAGAAUUGAUAUGGUUAUAUUAAGCAUAGAUUUAUUGGUAAAAUUUUCAAAUUAAGUCUGAAAAAUCUGCAGAACCUGAGGCACAGGGAAAUUUUACAAUCAACAAGUGCCCUACAAUUAUUAUACAAGUUUACAGUACCCUGCAGUAUAGAUCAAUGUUGACAGUAAACAAAUGUACAAGUACAACACUCAUUUUCAGCCAGAUGUAUACCAUGAGAGGUGAGCAGAUAUGACUUGCCUUGCCCCAAAAGGUUGCCUUGUGUAUCAUUACCUCUCAAAUAUCUGUAGAUUCAGCAUGUACCUUCUUGUCCAAGACACGCUGGGCCCCACUUUAAUGUUUUGGUGUGCACGGCAUGCUUCGUGCCUUCAUUCACAAAAAUAAGGCCCGUAGACUCAGGUUCUGUCAAAACAACAGGGUGCAUUCAGCACAGUGCAAUGAUGGGGGUGGAAGAUGCUGAAUUUACAUUGUUUUCAAUUUUAUGAAUCCAGCACAGAGUUGUGUCUUACUUUUGACAAUGGAAAAAAAAAACUCUACUUCUCUUUUUUUAGUGGCAAAUUUCAGCACAGUUUCCUGGGCAACAAGGAACAGUGUCAACACCACUCAAGUAGCAUAAAUGUGUUCCUCUUGCAUUAGUGUAUUCAUGUAUUCUUGUUGGGUUUUAGUUUUAUUUUGUGUUUGAGCCUAUGGGCAAAAUAUCAAACAUCCCCUUUAUUAUUAUUAGUAAGGUAAACAUGAUUAGAUAUAAUAGAUUAUAUAAUUCUUAUAAUAAUAGAUAGUAUUUCUUUUUUGUUGUUAAUUGUUCUUAUCUGUUAAUUAUUUUGCCCUCCAGUUGUUUGUGUUGUGGAUUGAGGUUGUGAGGUGACUGAUGUAUCGUGAUGUUGUCUGAAAUGGGUUCCCCAUAGUGUUUGUCACUAGUUACAUAUUCUUAUAAAGCUUUGCUUGGGCUGGCGUUGCAGCAGACAUUGAAGUAAAUACAUAGUGUGUAUAUUAUGUUGAUUAGAUGAAAUUCACAUGAGCAUAGUUUUUUAUAAGACUAAAAAUGAGGAUGUAUGUAUUUGUGCUCUCUGGGUUGCUAAGUCAAAAUACCUACAAAAGGUUAGAGCUAGUGACAAGACAGAAGAAAAAAAAUCUUGCAUAAAUUAUUAGUAUUUCAAUCUUUUGAGUGGCUCAUUACCUUCUGGAUUUCUGCCCAUCAGCAAAAUAAUUCUGUGAUUGAAACAAAACGCUUCAAAAAACAGUGACGUAGUCUGAGAACCAGCAGCCGUCAGCGCUCUUUGUCAUUUUCACUGCUGAGAGUUAAAGUCAAACUAGUGUGUACAGACAUUUUGGGAAACACAAACCCAGACUCCCUCUCCUCUUCUGAUUUCUCUCGCUGUACCGUGCUGUUUCCCUACUGUGAUUGACAUGGUAGAAACCUGGUAAACUGCUUUGUGGUCUCAAUGGGUCAGUAUUGCCAUGUUCUCUGUAUGUGCAAAUGUGAUUUGGGAGGUUUACUGAACUUAAGUGUUCUAAAGCUAAUAGGAAAGAUAGAAACCAGCAUAAGGAGGGGGGACUCAGCUCACUAGAUGGGGUGUGUGGGGAUGUGUAAUGUGUGUGAAACACUUUAAAGUUAGGCUCCAAAUAUGCUUAUACUUUUUGUUAAACUACUUUGAACUUCAUAUUUUGAUCCCUGUAAUAACUGUGUAGAAAUACACAUACACACCCUUUGAGUCAAACUAACUCAGCCACAUAGAAUAAUCUGCCACUUCAAACUAUGCACUUACCAUGAAUCAAGCUUCACCCUCAGUGACAAUAUAAAGCCAGAUACAACCCCAGUUUUACUGACAACAAAUAUAUUCAAACAAUGUAACAUAACUAGAAAGAAAUACAACAUAAAUAUGUAUUUUCUUAUGCUUUAUAUAGUUUAUUACAAUUGGAUCAUAUUCACUCAGAAAACUGAAAUUCUGCUCAAUCAAAUCUAUGAGACGAGUGACACCGAUUUGUUAAAAUACUGACUUGAGAUCUGCAUAUUUUACAAAUUAAAAUCAGUUGCUUCUCAUACUAAACAACUGAAACCCAAACACAUCUGAACUAUGCUCUGUGGUGCUUCUUCAGUCUGAAAAUAACCCUGAUGGUGUAGGUGUUUACCAAGCAGGAUGGGUCUAAUAAAAACACCACAGGCUAUUGGGAAUCACAGGAUUUUCAGCCCAUUUCAGGGACUAAAAGGACAUUAUACAUCCUCAUAUAGAGCCACAAAUCAAGGCAAAAUAGGAACUAUGGCACAUGUUUUGAACAUUUCUUUUCUAUGUAUGUGGUCAGAACUGACUAGGGAUGAGCUUUGAUAGCAUUUUAUUGAAUCUGAUUCCAGUUCCCAAUCUGCUUAUCAAACCCAAAUCCUUUCAAAUCACAUAUUCAACCUGAUUAAGAAGUUUGUUAGUUUAAAAAUAAGUAUUUUUCUUUCAGACUCCAAAAAGAACAGGCUAUUGGAAUCCAUCCCUAAAUGUGAUCCAGUUGUCAUCACUCAGCAACAAACCGAAGAAGCAACACAUUGUGUUGUUGAUGGGAGGUGCUUAUUCUGCACCACAGAUGUAUUAUCAAUAUGUUGUAUGCUACUUGGUAAUCCCUCAAAAAAAAACCCCCAAAAAAACAAGAUUAAGCUACAGUCUGUUUACAGAAGGAGUGUUUCCUUUUAAUUACUUACAUACACAAACGAGAAUGAAACAAGUGGGGAGAUGCCGGAAUUACUUUUGUUAUUAUUAUAAUAAUAAUAAGAGUAAUAGUAAUAUCAUAAAUCAUAAAAAAUAUUGUGGUUCUUGUUGUUGUCACUGUUUUAGAUUGUGACACUGCAGUGUUUUCUUAGUUUUUGAGAGAGAGUACAAAGAGUGUGGAUGUGUUACAGAUAAGGCUCAAUCAGUUUAUCAGUGGUAUAACCAAGUAAUGUUCACAUGGAAAGGCUGCCUCCCUUCGCCAAAGCCUGCCAGUCACAUCGUUACACCAAAGGACAAAGUCUGCGGCUUUUCAAAAUGAUAACAAGGUUACUGCUGGGUUCAGUCAUUCCCAUUAACAGCCACAUAACUUUGAUUAAUAAUUUGAUCAUGAGAGCUUAUACAGAGCCUAAUUUUCCAAAUUAUUAAUAACAAUAUCCAUGUCACCUUGAAGGGAAAAUUAAAAAAGAGCCUACUCUAGCUUAAUUUUGCACAUUCAUGUAAUACUGUGGAGCCUUGAUUUCAGUGUGAUGACUUACAGCAUUGUACAUUUAGCUGCAGCCAGCAUCAGUGUGGCCGGCAGGCUUUGGCUUCCAGACCAAGUUGUGGCUGUGACUCCAGUGCAGUAGUUCAGUGCCUAUACUAAAUGUGAGGUAGUGCCUCAACUAUGAAUCCUGUUCUAUAAUAAACUAUUUUGACUUGCUGUCUGA